GCCAUUUGCGGUGCUGUACUUUAAUCUCAUGCUGUGUACUGAGGGAACUUAGGCAAGCUCUGAAGCUGCAACAUGGCCAGUGUAUGCUCACUGCUCACAAAGGCGGUGACAUAUGAGGACAUUCAUGUGAACUUUACUCGGGAAGAAUGGGCUUUGCUGGAUCCUUCCCAGAAGAGUCUCUACAGAGAUGUGAUGCUGGAGACCUACGGGAACCUCACUGCUGUAGGCUAUUACUGGAAAGAUCACAGUAUUGAAGAAAAUUGUCAAAAUUCUAGAAGACAUGGAAGGUAAUUUUUUAGUGCAUUCUGAGCCAAAUAUGCCCCUCAAGAAAUUUUAAUGUUUUCUUGAAGUUUUAGUUAAGAGCCUCACCCUAAAUCAGCAGA